GUACAAAAUAUAAAUAAUUGAUGUUUUCUUGUUCUAGAUAGAAAAUAGUCUAAAAAUCAAAAGUUUGUGUAAACAAUAAAAUUGAAGCUGCUAUUUCUCCAAUAAUGGCUAAGGAAGAAUUCCUUAAAGAUGAUGAACAAAAGAGUGAAGAAAUGAUGGGAGAAAAAUAUAUAAUUUGUAAAGAUAGUUAUUAUCAACCAGUUGAUAAGUGUGUUACUUAUAUGGAACCAACUCUUAUUGAUUACUCUAUCCUCACUUCAUCACAAGAAGCUAACGAUGAGCUUCAUAAGUUCAAAUCAGCUCUUUCUUCUUGGGGUUGCUUUCAGCUCAUAAACCAUGGAAUACCAACAAAAUUACUUGAUGAGACAAAAAAAGUUUCAAGGCAAUUUUUUGGUCUUCCAAUGGAGGAGAAACAGAAAUAUGCAAUGUUACCAAAUGAUACAAGUGGGCACGGCUACCAAGUUGGGAACGUUAGUCACGUUACUAGUCCUAGUAGUGCUACCAACAAGGUUCUUGAUUGGAAUGAAGGGUUUAGUCUCGCGCUUUUUCCGGAACAUCGACGUAAACCGGAGUUUUGGCCUGAUUUUCCUCCUAAUUUCAAGGAUGUGUUCCGUGAAUACGCGGCAAGGUUAGAAACCAUAUUUGAUGCCCUCUUCAAGUUGGUAGUUCAAUCGUUGAACGUGGAUGAAGAGAGAUUUGCAAAACAAUAUGAUAAAAAUAGAGAAACAAACUUAAGAUUGAAUUUCUACCCAAAAUGUGAGGGCCUAAAACAAGUUCUUGGGUUGAAGCCACACGCAGAUUUCUCAACAAUGACAUUGCUCUUACAAGAUGAGGAAGGACUUCAAGUCCUAAAAGAUGAACAAUGGUUCAUGGUUCCCGUCAUUCCUAAUGCUCUAUUUCUUAACCUUGGUGAUCCACUCGAGAUAAUGAGCAAUGGUAUCUUCAAGAGUGCGGUGCAUAGAGUGGUGACAAAUACAGAAAAAGAGAGACUAUCAGUUGUUGCAUUUUGGGACAGCGAUAGAAAUAAAGAAAUUGGACCGUUAGAUGAACUUAUUACAGAAGAUCGUCCUCAAAUUUACCAAAGGGUUUCACUCAAAGAAUAUAUCUAUACAUUUUUGAAUUACUAUCAAUCAGGGAAGAGACCAAUCAAUGAUUUUAAAGUUUAAUUUUUUGCUUAUGUACUUGUAUUAUGAACUUAAUUUUAAUUCUAAACAUGCAAAUUUUUUUUUUUGAAUGACACAUAAAUAAAAAGUAGUUCUUGUGACCGUGUUUAAAUAAAAGAAACGUUUAUAUUAUGCACAUAUAAAUGUUUUGAUAAAUGGUUGAAUUGGAUCAUUUAUCAACUAUAAAAUUACGGCAAAAUUCGAGCUUUUGCUUAAAGAGAAUAUGGACCCUCUCUAU